AUGGUAGACUUUUCUUUAAGGAAGGCUAGAAACAAUUGGAAUAAAUUAUCAUCUCCUGGAAGGACAAAACAACAAGAUCCCCCUAAGCAACUAAAAUCCAAUGCCUAUGAAGAUUUUGCUGCUGUUCCCAGAGAUUCGUUAAAACUUCCAGAAAUUGGGGUCAAAGAUCGUAGGAAAGUUGGUACUUCUAUGCAAAGAAGGCUGUCUGUGCAUAAUGCGAAAUAUGUUCCUCCUACAAUUGAUUUCUCUAACGCCCCAGCGUUACCAACAGGUGAGUUCCCUUUGAGAGAUAAUUCUUUGCUUCCACCUGAGCUUAUAAAACCAAACCAGAAGAGGAUGCCAUUAGAUAUAUACGAAGGUCGGUCAUUACGUGAUAUUUUAAGUGAUCCAAAGUUUCUGGCUAAAAGAUUUGUUCAUGAGAAGUUAGGCGAUGCUACUGCGUUAGAGGUUGACCAAUUUUCUUCUAAUUUAAAUGAUUUAUCUUUAGAAAUUGAGGAAGAAAUUAAAACCAAUAUUAACAAGUCAUAUAAUGAAAUUAUGAUUGUAAAUAUGGAACUAGGUGUUGCUUGUACUGAGUUAGAUGAAUUGAGAUCCAAAGUUAAACAAUUACAGGUGGUGAUGGAUCAGUUUACUUCUAUGGCAGAAAAGAGGUUGCAGUUAGAGAAAGAACAGUUUCGGAAUAGUGCAAGCUCGAUACUUACUACCAAGUCGUCAUCUACUACAUCAUCACUUCUUCCUCCUGUAAAGUCAACGAAUAAUAAUAAGGACAGGACAAGUGUUUAUAUGUUAGAAAAAAUGUGGACCACAGAAUUGAGCAGUCUCUUCAAGUCAGUUGAGGGCGCCCAAAAGUAUAUUUCUCGAGAUUCAGGAAGGCAUAUCUUAAUGGAAUCCAGUCAUUGGGUAGAGAUUAAUAUUGCUACCUUAAAACCUAUGCAUAAUGUUCACAUUUUUAUUUUAAAUGAUAUGAUACUUGUUGCGGCUAAUCGGCAAGAAAAGAAUAAUGAGUUGGUUGCAGAUCAAUGCUGUUUUUUGAGGGACCUAUCUGUGAAUGAAGAACAAAAUUACACGUUAUCAUUUCAAUUUGGAAAUAAAAACCAUUUUCUGUACAGGUCUAGAACAGCUGCUGAAUAUGAAAAACUCCUCAGUGAACUAAAGGCCGCUAAAGAUGAAUUGAGGGAUAUUUAUGAGGCAGAGGAAGACAAUGCACGAAAGUUAAGGAACUCGUUCACUUAUUUACAAUCAACUCAACAAUCCCCCGUUAGAGAUGUAAGCAGUCCAGCGAAGGGACACAGUCGGCAAAGAUCCCUUGGUACUGUACAUACAACACCAGAUCGUAGCCAAAUGCAUCAAGAAAGCUUAUUACAAAAUAUUAGCCUGUCGAUGCAUGCUCGAUCCAGGUCUGGAGAUGUAAACCAAGCUACGAUUAAAUUAAAAUUGGCAGACGAAGAGUUAGAAGAACUAAACGUUCCUGUUACUAGAAUGAAUUUUGAAUAUGCUAUAAGAAAACUCCGCUCAAUUGAGAGUAUACUGAAUGGAAUAGUAGCUGGAACUGAAGAAGAGGUUAUGCUAUUAGAUUUGUUGAAAAUGAAGUGUAAUCAAAACAGGAAUACGAUCACACAGAAAUUAACCCAUGUUAUUAAUACAGAGCACUUAGAUGCUGAAAAGCUCGAAAAAAGUGCAAAAUCUUUAAUUUCUUUGGGUAUGCCAGUGGACGCAUUGCAAUUAUUUUUAAAUAACAGAUCCAAUUUAAUUCAGGACUUAGUUUUACAGGUUGGAGUACAUGAUAAUUCUAAUUCGUAUAUUACUCAAGUUGCAGUGAUUAGGUUCCAGACUAUAAAAAAAGUUGCAAUCCAGUUUCAAAGACUCUUUGAGGGUGAAACCGCUAAAUAUUCAUCAGUUCUGGUGAGCUGGUGUAAUGAUGAGGUUGACAAGCAUUUUAAUUUGAUGAAAAAACAGCUAAUAAACGAUGAUCAGUUAACACCUCAAGCAAUCAAAAUCUCCAGGAAACAAAUCGAUGAGUUGAAAACUGUCGGGAUGGAUUUUGUGUAUAAACUGGAUGAUUUUUUAAAGGUACAUAGUAACAAAAUUCACUACAAAUGA